GCUCCGUUGCUGGGGGGUUGGUAUCCUGAAAAAAUCGCUGCUUCUUCUCUCCAGUGUCCGUUUUCUUCGUUAUCGGCUCGUUUCCGUGGCGCUGCUGGAAGUUUGCCGCGUUUGGUUGUUUGUUUAAACCAAACCAGCGGAUUUAAGACGCUUUGAAGAACAUUUUCAUUCAAACGUUUAGGUUUUUUUCUCCUCUUUGUUACAAACGCUGGGUCACGUGAUCAGGAGCCCCCCUCAAAGAUUGAUUGUCUCCGUUUAUAAUAAGUGAGCAGACCUGGAAACACUUUAGAAAAUUCACUUAGCAGAAGAAAGUAGAAAGACGAUCCAGAACCGGUCCUCAAACGGCUCUAACAGGAGGUUCAAAUGGAGCAGAGCGGAGUCGUUCAGCUGGAAGGAGACUCCAUCUCAUGUCUAAUCUGCAUGGACCUCCUGAAGGAUCCGGUGACGGUUCCCUGUGGACACAGCUACUGUAUGGACUGUAUCAAAGCCCACUGGGAUGAUGAAGACCAGAGGGAAACCCACAGCUGUCCUCACUGUAAGCAGACCUUCCCGGCGAGGCCGGUCCUGGUCAAGAACACCACGUUAGAGGAGCUGGUGGAGGAGCUGAAGAAGACUGGCCUCAGCUCGGUGUCGGGUGAUCACUGCUACGCUGGACCUGAAGACGAGCCCUGUGACGUCUGCUCUGGGAGGAAGAUGAAAGCCGUCAAGUCCUGUCUGGUCUGUCGGGCGUCUUACUGCGAGGAACACCUGAAGCUUCAUUAUGAAUCUCCUGCUUUUGAAAAGCACAAACUGGUCGACACCAAGAAACCUCAGGAGAACGUCUGCUCUCUUCACGACGAGGAGAUGAAGAUCUUCUGUCGUACUGACCAGCGGUGCAUCUGUUAUCUCUGUGUGAUGGACGAACACGAGGGCCACGAGACGGUCUCAACAGCAGCGGAAAGAGCCGAGAAGCAGAAGAAGCUCCAGGAGACUCGAGAGCAGAUCCUGGAGAAAAUCGAAGACCGAACCAAAGAUGUGAAAAUCCUUCAACUGGAGGCAGGGAACAUCAGCGGCGGGGCAGACAAAGCAGUCCAGGAAACCGAACUCAUCCUAACAGAACUCAUUCAUCACCUAAAGAAAGCCCGUUCUGAGGUGAAGCAGCAGAUCAGAUCCCAGCAGGAGGCUGAAGUGAAUCGAGUCCUGGAUCUUCAGGAGAAGCUGGAGCAGGAGAUCAGAGAUCUGCAGAGCAAAGACAGAGAGAUGGAGCAGCUCUCUCACACAGAGGACCACAGCCAGUUCCUGCACAGAUACCCCUCACUGUCUGCACUCAGUGAGUCCACACACUCAUCCAGCUUCCACCUUCGUCCUCUCAGGUACUUUGAGGAGGCGACAGCAGCUGUGGUAGACACCAGAGACAAACUACAGGAGCUCCUGAGGGACAAACAGGCAGAGAUCUCCCUGACUGUGGCUGAAGUUGAUGUGUUACUGUCAGAACCAGAACCAAAGAGCCGGGCUGGAUUCUUACGACAUUCGUGUGAGCUAACCAUGGAUCCGAACACGGCCCACCCGCACCUGCUGUUGUCCGAGGACGACAGGAAAGCCACGUACAUGAAGGAAGAGCAGCCUCAUCCCAGCCACCCCGACAGAUUCACGGCGUGGCAUCAGGUCCUGAGCAGAGAGAGUCUGACCGGACGCUGCUACUGGGAGGUGGAGUCCAGGCGGGGCGGGGUUCGAGUAGCGGUCACCUACAGAAACAUCCGGAGAGCAGGCCGUCUCAACGAGUGCUUGCUGGGUUGCAACGACAAGUCCUGGGCGCUGUGCUGCGAACCCAACAGCUACACGUUCUGGCACAACAACGUCAAAACGGCCGUGUCCGGCCCGCAGCCCUUCAGGGUGGGGGUGUACCUGGACCACGGGGCAGGUGUUCUGGCCUUCUACAGCGUCUCUGAAACCAUGACCCUGCUCCACAGAGUCCAGACCACCUUCACUCAGCCGCUCCACGCCGGACUCCUGUUCUACUCUGAUGGAGACGCUGCUGAGUUCAUCAAACCAGAAAAAGACCUCUAACCACCUGAAAAUCCAUAAACACCCCCAGCUGUUCAGGUUCCCAACAUCAAGCACUUUUCAAGAGCUGUUGGGGAGACCCUGGUAGAGUUCAGUCAUUGGACCGUUACGGAGUUAAAACUACUACUCAAUCUGAAGGAACAGUCAACGGGUUUGCUUCUACUGUCAGGUACAUUUGUUUGUCGCUACCUUCAAGCCCCAAACAUGGGGGUGUUGGUACCGCCCAAGGGGUUGUGAGGUUCCAGAACAAAGACAAGCAUCUUUCAUGUCUGGUCUUUGGUCAAACUCAUUCAGUUUUUUUGUUUUCUCCACGUUUGAAUCAGCUUGUUAUCGUUGAAACGUUUAAAUUUAAAUAGAUUUACGAUGCGAGUUAUUAAUGUGUCACCGGCAAAAUCUCCGGUGUUAAAGGUUUAGAAUGUUUGGAAAAAUUAGUAGGUUAAACGAGGGGAACACAGGUUAAUUUAAACAACACUGUACAUUUCAUCUUAAUGAACACGUUUCUACGAAGCAUUUUAAAAAUAAUCACGCAUUCAUUCGCAGUGAAGCAGAGGGCGGGCGGAAGAAGUUUACAGGCGUUUAAUGUUGACGCAGGUUAUCCCACCAGAUAGUCAAACGCCACCAAACGCUGCUUUGUCAAUGACAACAGCGCAUGCCACAUGGACACAUGCUGCGGGUUUAGCUAGCAGCGUUUUAGUAAGAAAAUGUAAUGAUGGUAGUAAAUAGUAUUUAUGUGGCAGCUUUCUGGGCCCCGAAAGUCGCCUUACAAAACAACCAUAAAGACAGUUACAGGAAUAAAACAUUAGUUUUAUUUAUAAAAUAAAAUAAAUGUAAUGCAGUUACUUUGGUUUUGAGGGAGUGAUUACUUUUGUUACUAACUACCUCAGGAAUCUUUCUGAAGAUUGUAGCUUCUAUGCAAAAAACACAACAGCAGUUUCCCAGUUAGCUAACUUGAUCUUCAGCUAGCUUUAGCAUUUAGCAUUAUCUGCUUUAGUUUACUACAACACUGUUGGUGUAGGUUUCAUUUUGGAUACGUUUUCUGUCAUUUUUGUUGUCAUUUUAUUACUAAUGUUUCUUACUAGUAUUUUACUAAUUACUAGAGUUUGGGGUUCGUGUUCCCACAUUAGGGCUACAAAAGACGUAGCUAGAAUUAGUGACGGAUGGAAGCAGUUUCCGAUAAGGACAGCAAUAAUUAAAUCCACUAUAAUUCUGUUUUUUUACUUUCUUGUAAAAAAAACAACAUAAAAUCAGAAUAAUUAUUUUUCAUGAGCAGAUAUUUUGUUUCCUGCAGUUUUAUCAUUAAAAGCGAACUAACUAUAAUAUGUUUAUGUCUUGUACUGUGUAAUAAUUUCUGGCUCUCCACUGGUUACAACACUAUAGAUGAUGUGGGAGUGGCUACAAACGUUCAUUUGUAGGUUUGAAAUUCAAAGUUUUCCUUUUGUCAGUGGCUAAUCAAGAGUUAUUUUUUGUGAGAAGACACUAAAUGCAUUUAGCAGCUUUUUUUGCUCGUGUAAAGUUGUUGAAACAUGUUUACAAUGAAGGUUACCAAUUUAAAAA